AUCUUUUAAUAAAUUUUCAAUAGUUCAUUGUUUCCAACUAAUGUCAUCUAUAGUUUACACAAAAGCUAUUGUAAACUCAUUGCUGUUUUAGAUUAAAAUGAAUUUCAAUUUGCUUGUUGGUAUUUUAGCUUCUACGUUUUCCUUUUCCUUUAAACUGAGGAAAUUUUAGAAGCAGAAACACACUAUUUGGAUAUCUAAUAAAUUUGAAAGGUCUUGGACAUUAGCAAGCAAGCAGACGGUGAUUGGAUUACCAUAUCUGAAACCACCUAAAGAGAUUUGCACUACCUGCCUUCACAAAACUUCAAUUGAUUCACCAUCCUCUCAUAAUAACAGAAGGUAUAUUCUAAGUUUCACUGAUGAUUAUUCACGUAAUGCUUGGAUUUAUUUUCAUACAUGAAAUAAGAAAGAAGAUAAGAAAAGAGAAGAAGAAAUGAGUGGAAGAAAGGGUCGGAGAUUGUUGCUUAUUCCUUUGCCAGUCCAAGGCCACAUAAACCCAAUGCUUCAACUCGCAGAAAUCCUUCACUCAAAGGGUUUUUCUAUCACCAUCAUCCACGCCACUUUCAAUUCCCCAGACCCUUCCAACUAUCCUCACUUCACCUUCUCCUUUUUCCAAGACGGUUUGUCUCAGACUCAACCCUCCGAUCUCUUAAAUUUCCUCGUCGAAUUCAACGUCAAAUCUGUCGACCCUUUCAAAGACUGCGUCACCAAGCUACUACGGACUCAUGAAGCGGAGGAGGAACCUGUGGCGUGUUUGAUUUCAGAUGCUAUUUGUUACUUCACUCAAGCUGUUGCCGACAACCUUCAGCUUCCUAGGAUUGUAUUGCGAACUAGUAGCAUCUCUUCCUACGUUGCUUUCCUCGCCUAUCCUUUGUUCAGACAAAGAGGUUACAUUCCCACUCAAGCUUGCAUAUUGGAGGAGGAAGUGGAAGAACUGGCACCACUGAGAGUGAAAGACCUACCUCUGAUUAAGACGGAGGAGCCAGAAAAGUACUACGAAUUAUUGAGCAAUUUGUUGAAAGAGACAAAGGGUUCGUUGGGAGUGAUUUGGAAUUCCUUCGAAGGGUUAGAGUCACCUGCAUUGAAAAAACUGAGCAAGGAGUUUUCGAUACCAAUGUUCCCGAUAGGACCCUUUCACAAGUACUUGUCUUCAUCCUCUUCCUCUAGCAGCUUGAUCUCACAAGACCAAAGUUGCAUAACUUGGUUAGACACACACACACCCAACUCCGUGGUGUAUGUGAGCUUUGGGAGUCUUGCUGCUAUAACGGAGACUGAGUUCGUAGAGAUAGGUUGGGGUUUAGGCAAUAGUAAGCACCCAUUCUUAUGGGUGGUUCGACCGGGGCUUAUCAAGGGCUCGGAAUGGCUGGAGACACUGCCAAGUGGGUUCAUGGAGAAUCUGGAAGGGAGAGGGCUAAUAGUGAAAUGGGCCCCACAGCAAGAAGUGUUGGCACACUCAGCAGUAGGCGCAUUUUGGAGUCACAAUGGUUGGAAUUCGACUUUGGAGAGUAUUUGCGAAGGGGUUCCUAUGAUAUGCAUGCCCCUUUUCACAGACCAAAAAGUGAAUGCAAGGUAUGUGAGCCAUGUUUGGAAGGUUGGGUUGCAGCUAGAGAAGAAGGUGGAAAGAGGAGAGGUAGAGAGGAUCAUCAGAAGAUUGAUGGAUGCCAAAGCCCAAGGGAAGGAAAUCAGAGAUAGAGCCUUCAAAUUGAAGGAAGAGGCCAAGGUUUGCCUCCUACAAGGUGCCUCUUCAUACUCUUCUCUCCAAGCCUUGGUUACUUACAUUCUCUCAUUCCACUAAUUCACUUUUCAACUAUAAUUCUUAAGGCCCAUAUAUACUUGGGCCUGGGUCAGAUCAGUAAGAUUAUACAUAGGUUGUUGUAUUUUAGCAUUCUGGGAGUUUGUUUGUAGGAGAUUACUGUUGCAUGAUGGCCCUCAUGUUUUCUCGUUUGGUUUGGAAAUGACAACUCUAAAGUUGAUUCUCUAUUGGCAAUGUCAAAAGAGAUGUCUUAACUCUUACGCUGACUUUGGCUGUGCAGAUUUGCCGUUAAAGCUAUAGAUGAUUGCUGAUUUUGAUGACUCAAUGGGUAAUGAAUUAAAAGAAGGUGAAAGAAUGAACAGUAAAAGCAGAGUGAUUUUACUUGUCAACGAAUAAAUACAUAAAUGUUUUUUUUUAAUACAUUGUUGGUUGCAAAUGAUUA